UUCACUUCACUAGCCAGUAACCGCGCGGACGGCGUCUUGGAAAGACAAGUAUAAUUUACUGCGCGACUUUUUAGCGUAAUCUGCUAAUAUGUCGCGCGUUUACCAACCAUCCGACUAUGUAGUCGAAAAAUCGCGUUUGCCCUCUUUCGAGAAGUACAAAGAGAUGCACAAAAAAUCUAUUGAAGACCCAGAAGGAUUUUGGACCGAAAUAGCUAAUGAAUUCCAUUGGCAGACCCCUUUUCAGCCCGGAAAUUUCCUUUCGUACAACUUCGAUCUUAGCAAAGGGGACAUAUUUGUUAAAUGGAUGCAAGGGGCUGUAACCAAUGUUUGCUUUAACCUUUUAGAUCGAAACGUAAGGAAUGGUCAUGGGGACAAGAUCGCUUACUACUGGGAAGGAAAUCACCCCGACGACUACAGCCGCAUUACGUACAAAAAACUGAUGGACUUAGUUUGUCAGUUAGCUAAUGCUUUGCGUGAAAAUGGUAUAAGAAAAGGCGACCGGAUUUCGAUAUACAUGCCAAUGAUCUUGGAGACUGUCGUAUGCAUGUUGGCAUGCGCCAGGAUCGGCGCUAUUCAUUCCGUAGUGUUUGCGGGUUUCUCGUCGGAUUCUCUGGCGGAGCGUAUGGCUGACUGCAAGGCUAAGGUUCUUGUAACGACUGAUGGUGCAUGGCGAGGAGAAAAGCUGUUGGUCUUGAAGAAGACAUGUGAUGAAGCAUUGGAAAAAGCCAAAAAGAACUUCAACCACAAAGUGAACAUGUGUAUCGUUGUAUCUCAUUUAAAUAGAGUGACCCCUUGUGGAAGAAUGGCUGAUGAAAAAUAUUUGUAUAAAUGGAACGACGAUGUUGAUGUUUGGUGGCACGAUAUUAUGGAGGGUCAAUCGACCAUCUGCCCUCCAGAAUGGAUGGAUGCCGAGGACCCCCUAUUCAUGCUUUAUACGAGCGGAUCGACUGGUAAGCCGAAGGGCGUGCUGCAUACGACUGCGGGUUACAUGCUGUACGCUACUGCAACCUUUCGCUACGUUUUCGACUACCGUGAAAAGGACAUUUACUGGUGCACGGCAGACGUCGGCUGGAUCACCGGACACACGUAUGUCGUGUAUGCGCCACUAGCCAAUGCCGCCACUUCCGUCAUGUUUGAGGGUACUCCAUUUUAUCCGGAGAACGAUCGUUACUGGUCCCUUGUUCAGAAAUACAAAGUUACACAAUUCUACACCGCUCCAACUGCUAUAAGGUCGCUGAUGAAAUUCGGCGACGAUAUUGUCAGACCGCAUAAUUUGAAAUCACUUCGAGUUUUGGGAAGUGUAGGGGAACCCAUUAACCCUGAAGCUUGGCUUUGGUAUUACCAUGUGGUUGGCAACGGCAGAUGUUCCAUCGUUGACACUUUUUGGCAGACCGAAACUGGCGGUCACGUUCUCACCAGUCUCCCUGGAGCUACUCCAAUGAAACCUGGAGCUGCUGGUUUCCCUUUCUUCGGAGUUGAACCGAGUCUUAUCGAUGAGAAUGGAAAAGUGAUUGAGGGAGUCGGUGAAGGAUAUCUCGUCUUCUCCAAGCCUUGGCCUGGGACCAUGAGGACCCUAUUUGGUGACCAUGACCGUUACGAAAAGGUCUAUUUCUCGAAAUUCAAUGGAUAUUAUUGCACUGGCGAUGGCGCCAGACGUGACGAAGAUGGCUUCUUAUGGGUGACGGGACGUAUUGACGACAUGUUGAACGUAUCCGGUCACUUGAUGUCGACGGCGGAAGUAGAAGGCGUGCUCACUGAAGAGCCUAGGGUCUCUGAGGCUGCUGUAGUCUCCAAACCCCACCCGGUGAAGGGGGAAUCACUUUACUGUUUCAUCAUACUCAAUGAGGGUACAAAAUUCGACGCUGACUUAAUUGAUGCUUUGAAGAAACGCGUCAGAAAUAGAAUUGGUGCAUUCGCAGCCCCAGACACCAUUCAGUAUGCGCCUGGGCUGCCGAAGACGAGAUCCGGUAAAAUUAUGAGGAGGAUACUUAGAAAAAUCGCUCUGGGAGAAAAAGAUGUCGGGGAUACUUCGACGCUGGCCGAUCCGUCUGUCGUCGAAGAACUGUUGAACAACAGGCCCAAAGCUUAGAUACGACUGGCUUCUUCUUACGUUCCUAUUUCAUUUUCUAGAUCCCUUUAUCGUGAUUGACUAAUGCCGCAUAGAUUAUAUUGAUAGUUGAAUGUUAAUUAAAAAUGCACAAUAUUUGUAACAAUGCGUUUGAGCAUGGCCACGUUGUUUGUUUAAAUAUAAUUACAAUAUCUAUAUCAAUAUAUUGUUUUUGUAAAAUUAAUAGGAAACUUCUAUUAAAAUGGUAAUUAAUAUAAUUAUUAGGUACCAAUCGCUUCGUUCCCAUAGGGUGUUUAACUCAGAAAUAAAUGACAUGUCGUCCUUACGAAGGAUUGAACAAACAUGUUUCGCAGUUAUAUUAUUACAAAACUUAUUAUUGGUAUAAAAGCUAUGUCGUUUUUAACGUACAAUAUUGAGCAUUUUAAAAUAAGUCCGAAUUAAAAUCAUUCCAUAGAAUCUAUCACCUAGAACUUCUAGACAUAAAUGCAUAAAAUAUGAAAUAAAUAAAUAUCAAAAAGUUUUAUUUAUAAAAUACUUUAAUAUGAUUGCCUAAAAUCGUAAUAUCUAUGAAGUCUCAUGUUUACCUUUUGUCCGAGCCACAUACCUAAUAUAAAAUCUCACGAUCAAUCAAAAUUACGCCAAUCGUAAAAUCUAUAUCCUAAUAAUAAAGUAUGAUUUAUUACUGCAUAAUUUUAUAUGUAAUUAUAGUUAUAUUUGUGCGAUAUUUUAAAUAAUUAAAAUCAAUUUUUAAAUAUCCAUCAAAUUACCAAACAUUUGUUGAGAAAACUGUACUUUCAGCUAUAUUGUUAUUUGUUAGUUUUUAAUAAUUAUCUUAUAAUAAUUUAUUGUGAAUCUGAAACUAACAGCUUAAUUUCAUUUAUUUAUUAUUCGUAAAUAUAAUUAUAAUUUAGUAUGUUAUUAAAAGUUUUUCUCUAAUGGUUAUACGCUUGGUAUACUAUUGUAAUGUCACAAAUAAUGAUGAUUUUAAACAGGGAUUUAUUUAGUAGAUAUUAUUACAAUCAAUUGUAUAUUUAGUUUAUUAGGGGUUAUUUUAAAUAGUACUAAUUCUGGUUACAUAUUAAACAGUUAAAAUUGACCAAACAUAUCUAACUCCGUUGCCAUUGAAUAACGAAUAUUAAACGCAUUUUAUAUCUUGAAUAAUAAAUUGUAUACAAUGAGUUCAUAUUAAGGUAAACUGCCUAUUAUUUUGAUAUUGCAGUCGAUAUUACUUGUAAGGAAGGAGCUUUAGCGGUAUAAUCUAUUAUCUUAAUGUUGAAUUCUACAUAAACUUGAUAUAUUAACGCACACGGAUUGAUAUUUCUAUUAUUGUGGCCACGUAUUAGAAUAGUUAGGUUCAUGUAAUCGAUUUGUAGAUGUAAUUACAGUCGACAGAUCCGACUGCACCUCUUUGUGAAGCACAAUUUGAUUAUAUAAGGUAGGAAAUAUGUAUUUGUGAAUUUAUUAUUAUUGUAAGUAGUAUAGGAAGGCCAUGGUUAUAGUUGAAUUGCUUCAUAACAUAUGAUCUAUUGUUCGCGAAUUUAUAUACAAUUUUUAAUUAAUUAAAAUAUAUCUGAAUUCGAUAAUUUCAAAGCAGAAUUUUAAGAUCUCUUUAGAAACUAAACAGCGUUUUGAGUAUCGUUUAAUUGUGUUAUUAUAUUAAAUAUAUUCACAGUGAUAUAUAGUAAUAUGAAGAUAAAUAAUAUUUUUUCUCAAUAUAUUGUUUGUAAUUGUAUAAAAAUUGCUUCGCAUUGUAUUUGUUAUGUGUAUGUUUUAGCAUUGAUUUAUUAUAUUUUUUAAAAUGCUAUUAAAGCAAAUAUGUUUAACGCAAUGUGUUUAAAUUAAAAUAAAAAAUAACACUUAAAAACUAUUAAAAGUAUAUUUUAUCGAAAAUUUUGUUAAUACAUUUCAUUGUAAAUUAUUAAAAAAUUAAACAUGUCACAAACGUCAUUAUCAUUAAAUGUAUUGAAAUACGUACUUUCGGAAUCCAUUAAAAAUGUUAUGAAAAUUGAGUACGCGAAUAAUAGAUUCAUAUUCAAAUUAUUAAUUAGUAAAGCUGGUGUUGUAGAUUUGAUGGAUAUUAAAUGUUAUUAAUAUUUCGAUGACAAACAAAUUUUGUCCCAAGAAAUGAAGAUAGAUACGUAUGUGUAAUCUAAUAAAAUUAGAUUUAAGAAUGGAAUUGUGAUUGUAUGUCGAAACAAACAUAUCAUUAAAAGUGAUAUAUUACUCCAA